GCUGUCCGGCCGGGCUGUGGCGGGGAAAUGGCGGCGCCGGAGGGCGGCUCUGCCGCGAUGCCCGCGGCUUGUCCCGCUCCGCCUGGUCCCUCGGCUCCCGGCUCCUGGAGCCGCUCCUUGGAUCGAGCCCUGGAAGAAGCGGCGAUCAGUGGGACCCUCAGUUUGAGCGGCAGGAAACUCCGGGACUAUCCGCGGGCCAGCGCCGCCAACCACGAUCUCAGCGACACCACCCAGGCUGACUUGUCACGGAACAGACUGUCGGAGCUUCCAGCAGAAGCCUGCCACUUUGUCUCCCUGGAGACUCUGAAUCUGUACCAGAACUGCAUUCGCUACAUCCCAGAGGCUGUUUUGAACUUACAGUCGCUAACAUUUCUAAAUAUCAGUCGAAACCAGCUUUCAACAUUGCCAGUACACCUCUGUAGUCUUCCACUAAAAGUUUUGAUAGCAAGUAAUAAUAAGCUGGUUUCAAUACCUGAAGAAAUUGGACGGCUCAGACAGCUGACAGAGCUUGAUGUGAGCUGUAAUGAAAUACAGACAAUACCUCCACAGAUUGGCAGUUUGGAGUCCUUGCGAGACCUGAAUGUGAGAAGAAAUAAUUUGGUGCGUUUACCUGAAGAGCUUGCUGAGUUGCCUUUGAUUCGAUUAGAUUUCUCCUGCAAUAAAAUAACAACAAUACCAGUUUGUUAUAGGAACCUCAGACAUCUUCAGACCAUCAUGUUAGAAAACAACCCUCUCCAGUCCCCCCCUGCACAGAUAUGUAUAAAAGGAAAAAUUCAUAUAUUUAAAUAUCUGAACAUAGAAGCAUGCAAGAUAGCUCCAGACCUGCCUGAUUAUGAUAGGAGACCCAUGGGAUUUGGAUCAUGCCACGAGGAGCUCUAUUCCAGUCGUCCAUAUGGAGCACUUGAUUCUGGCUUCAAUAGUGUGGACAGCGGAGACAAAAGAUGGUCAGGGAAUGAACCAACAGAUGAGUUCUCAGAUCUCCCAUUACGUGUGGCAGAGUUCACCAAAGAGCAGAGACUGAGAAGAGAAAGUCAGUACCAAGAAAACAGAGGGAGUGCAGUUGUAAUUAAUGGUGGAGUGGAACAUGAUCUCGAUCAGAUCGACUACAUUGACAGCUGUGCCACGGAGGAGGAGGAGGAGGAGGUGAGGCAGCCCAAGUGCCAGGACUCAGACAGCCUCAGCUCCCAGUUCAUGGCAUACAUCGACCAGCGGCGCAUCUCCAAUGAGAGCUCACCAGUAAAGCCUGUAUCCAUUAGAGAGUUUCAGAGAACAGAGGAUUCAAGACGACAUUUACAUCAAAACAGAGAUACAGAUGAAUUACGAAGACCUGAAACUCUAAAUUUGAUGCAGGACAGAGAGCAUCAAGUACUAAGGAGUUAUGUGGACAGGACAGAGAGACCCCUGCCUGAUUCACCUUAUUUUCUCUCGCUAUCAAGUCACCACAUCCAGGUGCCUAACGCAGACUCAGAGCUGCACCGCCGGCACAUCGAGCGCACUCGCCGGGAGGCCCAGCUGGCAGCCCUUCAGUACGAAGAGGAGAGGAUGAGAACUAAGCAGAUUCAGAGAGAAGCUGUCCUUGACUUUGUUAAGCAAAAAGCCUCCUUAAGUCCUCAGAAACCAAGUCCAAUGGAUAGUGAGUGUCCCUUUCCAUCCAGAAGGUCUCAGCAUACUGAUGAUAGUGCCUUGUUAGUGAGUGAUGACAGAUCUACCAUCUCCCCUGGCUCACCUACCGCUCAGACAGUCCACCUUUCCCCUCCAUAUCCUGGCCAUGCAGCCACGCCUUCCUAUAGAAACCCUUCCCAGCGACCUGAGAGUUUCCUUUUCCGAACAGCUGUCAGGGAUGGAGCCAAGAAAGCUGUUGCUUCAUCCUCUACCUGUGCCUUGUCUCCUGCUAAUGAUUCUGCAGACCCCCGAGUGAGACAAAACUCCAAGCAGCGGGAGGAGGAGCUGGAGCUGAUAGAGCAGCUACGCAAGAACAUCGAGUCGCGGUUGAAGGUGUCACUGCCCAGCGACCUCGGCGCAGCUCUCACCGACGGCGUCGUCCUGUGCCACUUGGCCAACCAUGUGCGGCCCCGCUCUGUCCCCAGCAUCCACGUGCCCUCGCCUGCUGUUCCUAAACUUACAAUGGCAAAAUGCAGACGAAACGUGGAGAAUUUCUUGGAAGCUUGCAGAAGGAUUGGAGUGCCUCAGGAGCAAUUAUGUUUGCCUCUGCAUAUUUUAGAAGAGAAAGGUUUGACACAGGUAGCUGUGACUGUCCAGGCGCUCCUGGAGCUGGCACCCCCAAAGCAGCAGCCACUGCACCACUUGUCUGCUGUGUAAAGACCUCCGGGACCUUUUGGGUUACCUUGGCUAAGCAGAAGGACCUGAAGACUUUACUGCCCAUGCAGUGCAUCCAAACACACAGAGCUCUGUUCUAAGGAAAUGAGUUUCCGUGAUUCCUGACAGGAAUGUUUACUUCAUUUCUCCAUUUUUUUGGAGAUCACAACAGUUUCCAGGAACAUUUUUAUUACCAAUAUUUUUGCCCCUUAUUUAAAAAAUGAGAGUUCAUUGGGAGGAGGGCAGGGAAUUCUAGCGGCUGGCUGUUGGAGCCAGCUGUAGAAAUGGACCUUGCAGGAUGAAAAAAUGGGUUUAGAGUCUGGAAAGCAAUUCCUAGGGGAAUUUGUGAAAAAAAAAAAAAACAAAAAAAAAAAAAAAAAAAAACAAAAAAAAAAAAACCAACCCACCAAACAAAAAACCACCAGGGUGUUGCUGCAGUGGGCACACAGGGAAUUAAAUUACUUUCCUUACCCACAGGGUGCAAAGAAAUGGAGUUUCUUUGCCUCCAAAGAAUGGCUAUUUCUAUUAUAAUAUUUUUUAAAUUGCAUCACAUAAUCUUAACCUGCAGUGUUUGAUAACAGGGUCAAACUUCACACAGCUGUCAUUUCCCUUGGUAUGUCCUCAUCACUAAAAGUUGAAAAAAAAAAUCCACUUUUUUUUUCCCCAGUGGAAAAAUUACUGCAUGUUUUCUCUGCCAGAAACACCUUAGUAAAAGAUACUAAGUCAGAUCUGUUCAAAUGGGAUUAAUCCCAUCAGCAUUCUUGCUGCGUUCAUUUUCUCUUUGGGUUUUAACAUGUCUUUAUCUGAAGACUUUUCCAACAGCGGAGGGGGAUUGCCCCUGUCCUCACAUCCCCUUCUGGUGGUUUUGUGGGAUCAGCAGAAUCCCGUGCAUUUCCCUGCAAUGGGAACAGUGCCAGCCUGCCCUGCUGGUCAUUAGAAGUCCUCCCAGCUAACACAUUUAUGAGAGGCUGAAGCAUCCCCUGCAGGCACAGAAUGGAUCAUGUUAAGAGCACAAUUCUCAAGUUCCCCAGGUGGGCUGGGUGUUGUCAGAGCAGCUGUGUGCUAAGGCUCAAUAAAGCCCUUUAUUAGUUGGAGUUUAUGUAGAGAGAUGUGCUAGUUUUACAGAACUGCUGUUACUUGAUUCCUCUUUCCAUAUCAUAGUAAUGGAAAUUCACAGAACAGAAGUGGGAGAGGCAGCUGACAAAUUUUGCAUUUUCCUGGAAAGCUGAUGUGCAAAAUAAAGACAGGUCUGUAUGCUCUGGUCCUAGUGACAAGGCCAAGCUUGCUACCAGAUCAAUUAACACUUCUUCCCCCCCCCAAAAGGCCUUACAGAACCCAGUUUCCACCCAUGUGGUUCCUUUGUCCCUGAACAUUAUGCUACUAAUACUUGGUGCAUGUUCUGAAAGCAGCUCCAGGCAUCAGCCGUAUUCUGUCUGGGAUAUAUUUGAAGCAGAAUACUCUGAGAGGAUUUUAUGCAGAUAAAGGAAGAAGAAAUUGAAACAAAUUAGCUAAAAGUCAUUUUUGCAGAAGUAAAACCUGCUGUGGGAGUGCCAAGGACUGGUCUUAUCUGCAUUUUCCCCUUUUUGAUUUGCAGUUUUGUUUCCAUUUUUGUUUUGCUUCAUGUAGUUCUUUCAAGGGCGAUUGUGGUGAUUGUUGAAUCCACUAUUUCUCAUAAUUAUUCCAGUUGCUUCUUAUUGGCAUUGGUUGGUCACAUUUCAAGUGAAGAAUACCUGGGAGGUGUUCUUAAGAGUGUCCAGCUGCAAAGAGAAACCUCCUCAUGUUGGCCAAAUGCAGCACCCUGAGCCCUGCAGGGAAUGGGAGUGUCAGGAACUCACAGAACCCACAGGAAGAGCAGCUCACACAGGCAUUCUUGCCCCCUUAAGUAGUUUUUGUGUUUCACUUGAUGCCAUUGGUGAGGAGUCUUGGUCAUUCCCACGGGGACACAGAGGUGUCUGAAGUGUCUGCUGCAGUUUGUUGGGGGGAAGAUGCUGCCACUCACAGGCAACACCACAGACACAGUGUGUUCCUGGUGUGUUUGUCUCUGCAUGUAACUUGAGAGAGAGGGAGGCACUGACUUCAUCUUGGUGUCCAUCAGUAGGUCACCUGUUGUUACAGGGACUGUUGCAUUUACCAGCACACUCAUCAUGGGCUAUUUAAAUACCCCUGUUUGAAGGAAACCAUUCCCUUCAUGGAAUUGCAAAGGUGUGGUGAUUGCUCCAGCACUUAAGGAAAGUGAAACUUAACAGUAUUCAGGUUGGUGGAAAUUUUGUCAUUUAAUUAACAGUAGUUUUUAAUGGGGUGGGGGCUUGAGUCUGGCAUGCAAGAAAGAGCCAUUUCCCAUUGCCAUGUGGGGCUCACAACCUGGGUGGCUCAUGGGCACCUGUGGCUGGAGGCCAAGCAGGCAGAAGUUCCGUGGCACCAGGUAUUUGUUGUGAGCAACAUUCACUCUGGAGUUUCAGCGUAGUUAAUUGUGUUAGUUUGACAUUUGUAAUCUUAGGUUUUCAGGCUGGCAAGCACUAAAUCUUGUCCAGAUGCUUAGGACAAAAAUCCAAACCUGAAAUUUCAUCAUGCGGUUUAUUUAAUGCGUUAUACCAAACCCACUUCAGUUCUCUCUUGCAAAAUGGGUUGGGAUUUUUCAGUGUAGUUAUGUGCAAUUUUGUUUAUCCCAUGAAAAGAGUAUUUGAAAGAAAACCUGUAUAAAGUUCUAUUCUGUGUGUUAAAGCAGAGAUGCUCUUUCCUCUUUGGGGCAUUUGUGCUGGAGGAUGUGGGAGGGAUCCACUUCAGUGUUCUGUACUGCCUGUGUUCCUGCACUGACUCCAUGGUGUCACACUCCAUCCUCAAACCUGGCGAGCCCUGGGUGCUGUCUGAGGCUCUGCAAGGUCACACACUCCAGGUGGAGCAGCCCAGGCACUCGGGAGCCCCUAAUGGCCCUGGGGGGCCAGAGCAGAGCAGCUGGGGGUUCCCCUUAGAAGGAGAGGCUUUUGUAAAGGCCCUGCCCCCUGCUUAAAUCCACCAGGGACAACUCUUCACAGCACCAGGGCACCUCUGUUGUUCUUGGUAGCAGCAGGAUGGCAAAUGGUAUUCUUACCCCUUUAUGACUAAAAAUGGUUCUUUGAAAAACUGUUUUAGAAACAGAGGACUUGUAAGGUGAAUCAGAAAAUUCUUUUGUAUAGAUAUUGUGAUGUUCUACAAAGUGAUCUAAUUUUGUUAUUUCUGAAAACAGUGUAAACGUGUAAGUAAUAGAGUAAAGGAUUUUAAAGCUUCAUCCCAUGCUGUAUGUCUGUAAAUACAUUCCAUCAUUUCUGUUACAUAUAAAUGUGUCUGAAUAUUGUAUAUUUUAAACCGCCUGUAUUCUGCCCUUAGUGUGAACUUCUAGCACAUUGAUAAUAUAAAAGGAAACCAUGGGUAUUUGAAAUAAAGUUCUAAAACUUA